UUCACUUAAGUGCAGCUGCAGUGCCUUGUUCUGUGAUACCCAUCAGCAUCAUUCACUGUGCGAGUUUGGGUUUGUAACCAUGAUAUCAAGACUGGUCUUUCUACUUUUCUGUGGACAUAUUGCACUAAACCUGGGAAAUGCUCAGAAAUUGCCAAGAGUUAAAAGACAAAACCUGAAAGUCCAGAUCAACGCAACUGAUGAUACUAUUUGCAUGAAAUACCUUCGGCUAAGUCCAGACACCAAACUCCAAGGCUUCAUCCUGGGAUAUGGAAGCAGCUUCUUCUCUAACCAGUAUAUCCCUUUGCCUUCAGAAGGAAAAUCCUAUGUAACGGAAGUUGAUGCCGAGCCAAGAUACUUGAUUACGGUGCGACCUGCACCCAUUCCAAAUCACAAGAAAACCUGCUCAGGUCUUAGAGUUAGUCAGUUAUUUCUAUCUGCUCACCAUUUACUGGAGUCAAACCAUAUUUACAUCUACAGGCAGUCCUUGGACUUACGACACAAUUGGUUCCUGAAAAUUGUGUCGUGCAAACACACCAUCAGAAAGCCUUCUGUGUUUGCAAUGGACACUGACAAAAAGCAGCCUUUUGCAAAGCGUUCUGCUUCAUGGUCACAGGAACACAACCAGAUUUUGGUAAAUUUCUGGUGUGAGGUCAGCAAAACAGUGGAUUUUGGUAAGAGUAGCAGGAACAGCCACACCAUCAGAAAAAUAGCAAAGAAAUUGGCAGCAUUGCAAAUAUACUGGACCGGUGACCAGUGCAGGGAGCAGAUUAAGCUUCUCAAGACUGAAUACAGGAAAACAAGGGACCAGAACGGCACCUCAGGCAACUUGCCAACAUCAUGUCCGUUUUAUGAGGAAUUUGACCAGGUGCUGGGCUCUGCUCGCAGCCUGGAGCCAGUGGUAGUGCAUGAUGACCCUGUCAGCCAGGAUGGUGCCCUGAUGGCCCCAGAAUACAAAUUUUAUACAGUUCGCUACAGGGAAAAGGAUAAAAACAAGAAUUGGGGUUUUCAGCUUUGUCCAACUACGGAGACAGUGGUGGAGAAUCUGAAGCCCAACACGCCUUAUGAAUUUGGAGUGAAAGACAACACAGAAGAUGGGAUUUGGAGCAAGAUUUUCAAUCAUAAAACCAUCCUAUUUAAUAAAAACAAAGAAAAUGGACAGCUCCAGAAUACCUACAAGGUCAUACCUAAUAUCCAAACACAGGUCAUACUACGAGAUGCUGCAAAACUUGUCCCUAUUACAAGAAUCAAAGAAGUAAUUCAAAAUGUCACACGUCGGAUGCUGCCUAAAACCACGGACAGGUCUUCCCUGCCAGGAGCAAUACUAGUGCACCUUAUCAUUCCAGGUCUCAAUGAAACACCACAACAGAAACUCCCUAAACCUGAGACACUGGGCAUAUCUGAAACACCAAAGAAAAUAUUGGUUACAAAUGAAACCCGAACAUGGCCUGCUGAAUCCAAAACACCAGAAGUGCAAGAAAUCUCCCCAUGGGUCUUCCCAGCUACCCUUGAAUCAGUUCAGGAAAGCAUUAAACCUACCGUGUCUGCUGCCUCAGAGAAAUCAGAGGCAUCUCCAGCUCACAGUAAAAAUGAACUGGAAUCCGCAGAACCUAGCAUAGCACCUACGACUGAAUUACCAUUGAACACACUGGCUCACAGUGAAACUGACAGUGGACUUGAAGAAACAAAAUCAAUUCCUAAACCUGACCGGGCACAAACUCAAAACAUACCGGCUUCUAAUGAAAUGCAGCUGAUUCCCUCUGGAUCCAAAAUAUCUGAUACGCCAAAAAUACUACAGACAAAACCCACAACUACUAAACCAGCCCUGAAAUCUACAUCUUUUCCUUCCACGAAAACCCCAGGGACAGUGAUGGCUUUUGAUGAAACACAGUUUGUUUCUUCAAGAUCCAAACCAUCUGGCGUCCCAGAAAAGCUACCAACCAAAUCUGUAACUAUUCAAACAACUCCAAAACCUGUUACACCUGAAGCUAGUAAAGCAGAAGUUGCUACAAAUAGCGCUGACCUGGAAACAUCUGUGCCUCUAAUUUCCAGAAUACCUCAUGUGCUAGGAACAACAAUGGCUUUCAGUGAUACUCAUCCUGUUUUUUCAAACCCCACAACAUCCGAUGAGCCUGAUAGAACAGAUCUCAAACCAGCAGCAACAAGUGAACCCACUCUGGAAUCUUUCUCACCUAAAACUUCUAGUCCUCUUGAAUGGCCAAGAGAAACAUUGGCUCCAAAUGAAGCACCACUUAUUCCUUCUAAACUGAAACCAUCUCCUCUUCCAGAAGUGCAGCAUGUGAAACCUGCACAAAAGCCACCACUUUGGGAGCAUAGUACACCUAAAGCUUCAAAGACUAUUGAAAGGCCAAAGGCGACACUAGCUCCCUGGGAAAAAAAGUUUGUUCCUUCUACACCUAAACCAUCUGCCAGACCCAAAAUGCCACGAACUAAACCUGCAGAAAAAGCAAUUCAUUUGGAAAGCAAUACACCUAAAUUUUCUAACACCCUUGAACUGCCAAGGACAACACUAGCACCCAGUAAAACAAAACGAAUUCCUUCCAAGCCUAAAGUCUCUCUCCAUCCAGAAGAACCCAAGACAAAACCGGCAGCAACCAGGAAACCUGUUCCAGUGCCAGUCACUAUUAAGAUUUCUUCUAUUACUGCUACUACUAAGACUCUUGAACAUCCGAAAUCCACAAUGGUUUCAUAUGAACCACAACACAUUCCUUCCAAACCUAAAGCAUCUGCCAGUGCCAUGCCAGAAAUGCCACAUAGUAAACCUGAAUCCAGUGAAAUACAUUUCACACCUUUGAAGCCCAAAUCAUCUACUGAACCUAAAAUGCCUCAAUCUAAACCUGCUCCAACUGAAACACAGUUCAUUCCUUCCAAACCUAACACGUCCCCAGAGCCAGAACUACCACAUCCUAAACCUGUCCUGGAACACAUUACACUUAGAAUUGAACCACCAAGGUCAACAAUAGCUCCAAAAGAGACACGACGUGUUCCUUUGAAACCUAAAACAUCACCCAAACCUCAUGUGCCACAGACAAAACCUGCCCCGGAAGCAGCUACAUUUAGAACUCAACAACCAAAGACACCAUUAGCUCCAAAAGAGGCACAGCGUGUUCCUUCCAAACCUAAAACAUCACCGAGCCCAGAUGUGCCACAAACCAAACCUGCUCCAAAAGAGAUGCGGCGUGUGCCUUCCAAACCUAAAACAUCACCCAUCCCAGAUGUGCCACCAACCAAACCUGCCGCGAAAGAGAAUCGACGUGUCCCAUCUAAACCAAAAACAUCACCCAGCCCAGACGUACCACAAACAAAAUCUGUUCCAAAAGAAACUCAGCGGGUUCCUUCCAAACUUAAAACAUCACCUAGUCCAGAUGUGCCACACACUAAACCUGCAGGAGUCAUUCGAGCCCUUCAAGAGCCAGUCACCGCUACAACUCCUCAUUCUCUUGAACGAGCAAAAGCAACACUGGCUUCAAGUGAAAAACCGUUCAUUCCUACUAAACCAAAAACAUCCAUCAAGCCAGGAAUCCCACAGACUAAACCUGCAAUACAUCGAACAUCCCCGCAGCCACUCAUAACAAAACCUUCUGUCACCUCUAAACAGACAAAGGCAACGAUGGCUCCAAAAGAAACACGACUCAUUCCAUCCAAACCCAAAACAUCUAUCGGGCCAGAAGUACUGCAGACUAAACCUGUUCCAAAUGAAACAUACCAGAUUUCGUUCAAGCCCCAAACUGUUCUAACAACUGAAAAUCCACACUUGAAAACUGCUUCCUAUGUGAUUCAUACAGAAACCAUUAAACCUAAAAUAUCAAAACCAUUUGGCAAAACAGAGGCAACCCUGGCACCACAUAAAGUGCGUCUCACUUCUGCAAGACCCAAGAUCUUUGAUAAGCCACAGACCAGACCUGCACUAAACAAGACAACACCGGGACCUGGUAGAACAAAAACUGCUGGAGCGAUGAGAUGGGGUGGGACACCAACAGGUGACAAAGAAACAGUUCAGAAUUUUACCAACUUUCUCAUGGGCUCAAAUAUAUCGCUGGAAUCCAAUAUUACAUGGAAAAAUCCAGAUUCCGUAGCUACAGCACCUGACCGUCGGCAUCCUCCCUUAGCUCCUGCCAAGCCCACACAGGUGCGAAGAAAACCGUUGCCUCCAAACACAGUGACUGGUAAACCAGGGAGUGCAGGAAUUGCCUUGAAGUCACGAGCUCCACCUUCUCCCACGACGAUUGUAGCUAAAUCUACUGGACCAACCAUAUCUCUGAGGAUGGAAACACCAAGAAAGAAGCCAACAGUUUCUGCUUCUCCUCCAGAAGACUAUGUUAAUACAACUGUCUUCAGCUCGAGUCCUACAUCAGAGACUGAUUCUCUGGGCAAACAACGGUUCACAGGCCCUCACGUCAAGUACAUGCCAAAAAAUGACAGCGAGCCAUGUUCUAUUACGAGAACUCUCAAAUACUUCCAAGAAAAGAAGAUCAGCGACAUGGAAAAUGCUACUAGCCCUCCACAAAAUCCUCCUUCCAACCUCACUGUGGUGACAGUCGAGGGUUGUCCAAGCUUUGUCAUACUGAACUGGACAAAACCGGAAAAUGACACUGUUACCUACUAUGUGGUUUUAUCAACUGUAAAUGGAACAUCUAAUGGAACACAGAGGAUCACUGUAACUACACAGCAAACCCACUGUAUAGUGGAAAAUCUAGAACCUAACAAAAGUUAUGAAUUCCAGGUGAAAGCCAAAAACAUUCGCGGUGAAGGUCCAAGCACCCCUACGCUCCCAUUUUCUACUGAAUCAGCGGACCCAAGAGUGAGCGAGCCAAUUUCAAUGGGAAAAGAUGCCAUCUGGACUGAAGUCCCAUUCAAUUCCAACUCCUAUUCAGAGUGCAAAGGGAAACAGUACGUCAAGAGGACCUGGUACAAGAAGUUUGUAGGCGUGCAACUGUGUAACUCCCUGAGAUAUAAGAUUUACCUCAGUGAUUCACUUACAGGACAAUUUUACGACAUAGGAGAUGAGAGGGGACAUGGGGAAGAUCAUUGUCAAUUUGUGGACUCAUUUUUAGAUGGACGGACAGGGCAGAAAGUUUUCCCAGACCAGCUACCAACCAAAGAUGGCUUUUUCAGAGCAGUUCGCCAGGAACCUGUCAAGUUUGGAAAAAUAGGUGGAGGGACCCAUAUUGCCUAUGUUCAUUGGUACGAGUGUGGAACUUCAAUACCUGGUAAAUGGUAGCUGCUACAUGAACUUGAAAAUGAAAGAAGGUCUAUCACUACCCUGCCCUUACCCCCAACAAGUUCAGAGAUGGAAAUGUUUAUGGUCUUCCUGUCAUUUAAACAUGUUUACCCAUGUAUAAAGUUUAUAAAACUCUAAUGACAAUACUGCAUUGUGUUUAAUAGCAUAGGCUGCUUACUAUAGUUACUCCAUUUUACCAAAAAGCAAGAUAAGCACAUGUCAUACAAUAAGGUCUGGGGAAGCUGGCUCCCUAUAUUGUGGGUAUCAAGGUACAGUUUAUAUGGUAUUUUAAAAGAUACAGUUUGUAUAUUAUUUAUCACAAUGUUGUAAUAAAUAUUUUGAGGGAGAGUUAUGGCAAAGCUGAUCGUGAAACUUCAGUAUACAUUUAAUUUUAGAUAUUCAGUCUGAUUGUUACUGAAAUAUAUAGUGUCCUAUGCUACCUGUCAAGGUAAUUCUGUAAAGUCUCUGGCAAUUUCUAAUUCAAUAAUUUACAGUACAUGGGGAAAGCUCUCAAACUGACUUUUGUACUUUAUAAAUACUCAGAUUGAAGAGCUUUUCCCCUUACAGCUAAAUAGACAAUUUGUGCUCUUGCCAAAAUUGGAAGAAAGCUUGUUAUAUUUUAAUGCUUUAGCACCAAGAAAGCAAGUCUAAUUUUUUUAAAAAUUCAAACAUAGCUUCAAAUCUAUGACAGAAGUGUAGAUUCUGUCACCAAGAAACUCAAUAUUAGAAACACAUCCUAUAAUUUUAACCACAUGACCAGGCAGUGUCCCUAAACACAGUUGCUACUUAAAAUAGAACUUGAUUAGCUUUGGUACUCCUCCAUGCCAAAUUGAUGAAUAGUAUUUUUACUUAUUCAGGUAGGCUUUGUGCAUGGGGAACAGAAGUCAAAUAUGCCUCUACUGCAGUGGGUUUUCUGAAGUUUUGAUGAACUACUUUGCAGGCCAAAUGUAUAGCACCACAGAAUUUAAUGAGGUGUAGGAGGAUAUGCUCGAAAUACCAGUCUUUACAGCACAAUCAGGUUUGCCUUAGUGAAAAAAUGAGAGCUGUUUCAAAGAAUUGUUAGUGUGGGACAAGGGACAAAGUAGAAUGAAAUUUAAUUUUUUCAAAAUUACUUUUUUAAUAGUACUUCCAUUAAAAAUCUACUUAUCCUUUCUUCCCUUCCCAAAAUACUAGAUGUUGUAUUGCUUGAACAUUUAUGAACUAAAUAAAGAGAUUUUUUUUUUUUAAGCAGGGUCUUUAUUCAUUGUUUUUAAAAGGUAUGAACAGGAACGCCAAAGAAAUGUCAUUUGUAGAAAAUGCCUUAUAAAGUACAUUGCAGGUACACUGUACUCUAAUAAAAUAUUUUUUACUCAUGUAAA